AAACACGCACACACAGACACACACCCUCUGCUAUUCUCAGUAAGAGUAAGGGAGCAGAGACAGACACCGUUCCAGCAUCGGAACACUCCGGACUUUUAUAUUAUUGCGUUAUAUGUGCUUUCCCCCCCUCCACUCUCAAAGGCAAGUUCAUCUUCUGCAGUAUCGCAGGCCUCAAAGUUAGUUUUCUUUUAUUUGCUUUUUUGACUUGAAACAGCAUGCCGUUCCCUCCGAUGGAGGCAGAAGCCGAGUGCGCAAUCGGCGGGACUCGGUGAGCACGGCAAUGCCUCGGAUAUGCUGGAGAUUACACUACGAGGAAUGGCCAAGUCCUAAAUUCGGAAUUGCAUUUAGCUUGCAUGUCAGAAAUGAUCAUUUUAAGUGAUCAGCGAGCACAGCCGUGCACGGUGAUGGAUGCGCCGUCUUUUGGGAUUUAAGCAGGGCGGAUGGAGAGCCGUGCGCCCAAGCGCGCCUGUCUCACCGUCUGACUGCUUCACAUCGGUUUUUCUCAGCGUUUGCAUGCCUUCACUCGGAUCUGCAGUUAGAUUCACGUUAAUGCCAGGAAUUUGGGCGUUAAUGCUGUAAGUCAGGGGGAAAAAAAUGUUGAACAACGUUUUGCUGCUGAGCGUUUUGACAAUAACCGGCUUCUCCUCGCGGACGGAGAGCCGCAAAACUUCGAAGGACAUUUGUAAGAGCCGCUGUCCGUGCGAGGAGAAGGAGAACGCGUUAAACAUCAACUGCGAGAACAAAGGAUUUACGAGUGUGAGUUCGUUUCAGCCGCCGCAGAAUAAAAUAAGCCAGCUUUUCCUGAACGGGAACUUUCUCACGAGACUGAACGCCAACGAGUUCGUCAAUUACGGUAAUGUCACAUCUCUCCAUUUGGGCAAUAACGGGCUGCAGGAGAUUAAAACGGGGGCGUUCAAUGGCCUAAAAAACCUCAAACGCCUCCAUCUGAACAAUAACAAUUUGGAGAUUAUAAAAGAAGACACAUUUUCUGGCUUAGAAAGUUUAGAGUAUUUGCAGGCUGAUUACAAUUAUAUAAGUGCCAUAGAGGCAGGUGCGUUCAAUAAGCUGAACAAGCUUAAAGUCCUCAUACUUAAUGAUAACCUUUUGCUCUCUCUGCCUAACAAUAUAUUCCGAUUUGUGAUGCUGACACAUUUGGAUUUGAGGGGAAACCGGCUGAAGACGCUACCGUUUGCUGGCGUCUUGGAGCACAUAGGCGGCAUUAUGGAGAUACAGCUGGAGGAGAACCCAUGGAACUGUACGUGUGACCUUGUUCCACUCAAGGCCUGGCUGGAUACCAUUGCGGUGUUUGUUGGCGAUGUGGUUUGUGAGACGCCGUUUCGUUUGCAUGGCAAAGAUGUUACUCAGCUCAUAAAGCAGGACCUCUGCCCUAGGCGCAGUACUGGUGACUCGACUCCUCGUGCCAUGCAGCCACCACCUCCUGAUCCCCAGCAUCGGGUCCCAGUACCUACAUCACGUACACAUUUUGCGCCAACUAGGGCACCUAAGGCAUCCCGGCCACCCAGGAUGAGGAGCCGCCCUACUCCACGUGUUACUUCUGGCAGGGACAAGCAUGUUUUUGGCCCAAUUAUGGUUUAUCAGACAAGGUCCCCUGUACCUAUGACAUGCCCGAGUAUCUGCGUGUGCACAUCCCAAAGCCCGGACAGUGGACUGAACGUUAACUGCCAAGAGAGGAAGCUUCACAACAUCUCUGAUCUGCAACCCAAACCGUCAUAUCCAAAAAAGCUACAUUUAACUGGAAACCAUUUACAGAUCAUAUACAGGGCUGAUCUGACAGAAUAUAGCACCCUGGAACUUCUCCACCUGGGGAAUAACAGAAUCGCUAUUAUUCAGGAUGGGGCCUUUGAGAAUCUGACUAAUUUGCGUAGGCUUUACCUCAACGGCAACUAUAUCGAAAGUUUAUCACAGGCCUUGUUUGCUGGACUACAGAGCUUGCAGUACCUCUACCUAGAGUACAACAUUAUCAAGGACAUUUUGCCGAACACGUUUAACUCACUGCACAAUCUGCAGCUUCUCUUCCUCAACAACAACCUGCUGAGGUCCCUACCUGACAAUGUGUUUGGGGGCACAAUGCUAACAAGGCUCAAUCUCAGAAACAAUCACUUCUCACAUCUUCCAGUGAGCGGGGUGCUUGACCAGCUCUCAGCAUUUGUCCAGAUUGAUCUCCAGGAGAACCCAUGGGAGUGCACGUGUGGCAUUGUACCACUCAAGAACUGGAUGGAGCUGUCCAGCACUAGUGUGGUUGUUAAUGAGAUCACUUGUGACUCUCCUUCAAAGCACGCAGGUCGCCUCCUGCGGUCACUACGCAACGAUGCUAUCUGCUCUGAGAAUGACGAGACUCCGGCACCAGCCACCAAGGCACCAACCAUUAUCAGCAUUAGCACUGAAGUCACUCCUUCCUCUGCUGCAACACCUACAGAAGACACACAACCUGAAACACACCAGGAAGUACCCUUGUCUGUACUUAUCUUGGGCCUGCUUGUUGUGUUCAUUCUUUCAGUGUGUUUUGGGGCUGGAAUAUUUGUAUUUGUGCUCAAGCGGCGCAAGGCAGUGGAGAGUGUCCCAGCUACUGCAGCUGCCAAUAGCCUAGAUCUGAGCUCUUUCCAAGCGCAUUAUGGCCAUUAUGACACAGAACAAAGCACAGGUAAAAGAGAGGGCCAUGUCUACAACUAUAUCCCUGCCGCUGUUGGCCAGAUGUGCCCAAACCCGAUCUAUGUGCAGAAGGAAAAUGAGCAUGUAGCCUACUAUCGCAAUUUGAAAGAACUGGGUUUUGCUGCACCAGACCCCAAGAGGGAGGAGUUUGGUCGUAGUCCCACUUAUACAAUAAGCACUUUGGAACGUGUAGAAGAGAAUCCCCAACACAGCAGCUGUGAACCAGAACUUCUUUACCAGAACAUGGCAGAGAGGGUAAGAGAGCUUCCCACCACUGCUCCCUUUGGCUACAGCUUUUGCACUCUGCCCAAAAGGCCAUUAGCGCCACCAUACGAGGCUGCAGGGCGGCCCAACCGGGAGCGACAGAACAAAACUGUCUUGUAUGGGACGCCAAGAAAGCAUGCUGAACAGCUGCUCCCUGCUAAGCUGAAAACGGAGCCGGACUACCUCGAGGUUCUAGAGAAACACACUGCAAUGAGUCAGCUGUAAAAGCUGUCCCACACACUCUUUAUUAUCUCUUUAUUGUAACAAAAAUUAUAUCAAAAUGUGUCAUCUACAUUUUCGACCACACAAGACUCGAACAGCGGACAAUGCAACCUAAAGCCUUUUCAUCUGCAUCUUUCUGAAGCUGUACAAAUUAGUAAGGGAAAAAAAGUAUCUACAAUUUAAAGAUGAUAUAUUAUUUUCUCUAAGGCUUAAAUUAUUUCCUCUACUUGAAACAUAAAGACUGUAGCAGUUAUGGCAAGAAUAUGUAUAAUAAUAAUGCUUAAUGCUAUUUUAUAUGAAGUAUAUAUUUUUUUCUCAGAGGAAGACAGUGUUCUUUUCAGAAGCAGGUUAUUGAAUCAUGCAGUGACAUUGCUGUGUUGGUAUUAUGGUGGGAAGUCAGAUAUACAAUAACUGUUCACACCCACUUCAAUCCAUUUAUUCCAGAAGUGCCUUUGCACUUAAAGAAUUUUAUCUUUGCUUUCUGUGAAUUGAAUUUUUUAUAAGUGAUGUAUUUUAAAAAGGAACUCUGUAAAAUAGAAUUAUUUGUCCACUGCAUUAAAUGGAAAAAGGAAAAAUAUACUCAACUGGUAGAAA